AUGGAUCCUACUAGAAGAGGUGUUUAUACCUACAAGUUUGUGGAACCUUCUUUGAAGACAUUGAGAGGAUUGGGAGCUCGCUUGGUUUUCGACAAUAAAGACAAGUUCAAGGAUGCCUAUGGAAAUAUUCUAGGAAUGCUUAACAUUGAGGUCAACAUUACAGCUUUUCACACUCUAGUGCAGUUCUACGACCCUCCUUUGAGAUGCUUCACAUUCCAGGAUUACCAGUUGGCUCCUACUUUGGAGGAAUAUUCACAUAUUCUGGGGAUUGAGAUUAAGGAUCAGGCUCCCUUUGUCCCUACAAAAGAACUUCCUAAGUCUCAAUAUCUAGCUGAAAUCAUUCACAUAGGGAAGAAGGAGGUGGAGCUCAAUCUUAAACCUAAGGGUGGGACCCAUGGGUUUGCCUUGAAGUUUCUGGUUAACAAGGCUAUUACAUUUGCUGAAGCUGAGAGUUGGGACGCCUUCAACACUAUCUUUGUUUUGAUCAUAUAUGGGAUCAUGUUGUUCCCAAACAUGGAAGACUUUGUUGAUUUGGCUUCUAUCUACCUCUUCAUGGCCAAGAACCUCGUUCCUACUCUUCUUGCUGACAAAUACUACUCCAUCCAUGUGAGGAAUGAGAAGAAGAAGGGGAUUAUCAUAUGUUGUACCCCCUGCUGUAUAGAUGGUUUAUUUCACAUCUACCCAACAAGGGUCCUUUUGUUGACAAUGAGGGAAAUCUGA